CAGCCGCCGCCAUUUUGCUGUGAGCGGAAGGAGGAAGAGCAGAGGGAAAACAUUAAACUCUUCAAGUGAAUAGCCUCCAUUAAUAUAUUAUUUCGGUCAUGGAAGUGCCCGGGCCGGACAGCGACUGGAGGAGCCCGCAGUUCCGACAGAAAGUCGUCGCUCAGAUUGAAGAGGCCAUGAGGAAGGCAGGAACCGCACACACCAAGUCCAGCAAUGACAUGGAGAACCACGUUUACGUCAAAGCCAAAUCCAGAGAGGAGUAUUUAUCUCUGGUAGCGAGGCUGAUCAUUCACUUCAGAGACAUCCACAAGAAGACACUCGGAGGUCCAGAUCCCAUGAAUGCCCUGACUAACCUGACAGGGGUUGGAGGGGGCCCCGGCGCCAUUGGCAUGGGGCCUCGCCCCACCGGUGCUCCAGUGGGUGGCAUGGGGGCCAUGGGGCAGAUGCAGAUAGGCCAGCAUGCCAUGGCUGGGGUGGCUGGAAACCCGCAAGCCAUAGGGGGUCCGGGACAGAUGCCGAUGCAGCAGAUGGUGCAGCAACAGCAGCAGCAAUCCAUCCAGUUCCAGCAGUUCCAGCAGGCCCAGCAGCAGCAGAACGCCAUGCAGCAGCAGCAGCAGCAGCAGCAGCAGCAGAACGCCAUCCAGCAGCAGUUCCAGGUGCAGCAGCAGCUGCGGAUGCAGCAGCAGCAGCAGCAGCAGCAGCAGCAACAGCAACAGCAGCACCACCAGAACCAGCAACUUCAGCAGCAGCAGCACCAGAGCCAGCAGCAGCAGCAGAACCAGCAGCAGCAGAACCAGAUGCACCAGACCAGGAUUCAGCAGCAGCAGAUGGUGCAGCUCCAGCUCCAGCAGCAGCAUGCCCAAGCUCAGGCUCAGGCUCAGGCUCAGGCUCAGGCUCAGGCUCAGGCUCAGGCUCAAGCCCAGGCUCAGGCUCAGGCUCAAGCCCAGGCUCAGGCUCAAGCCCAAGCCCAGGCUCAGUCCAUCCAGCACAUGGUUCAGCAACAGCAGGCCCAGGCUCAGCCUCAGCCGGGUCAGAUACCUCCACACCCUCAGCAGCAGCAGCCUGGCAUGGUGCCUCCAUCACUGGCUGGACAGAUGACGUCCACUCAGCACGUCCCCAUCAACUCACUCAGUCAGCAGCAGCACCAGCUCAAGAUCCAGGCCUUCCAGGCCCGUGCAGCCUUGCAACAGCAGCAACAGGCCCAGCAAGCCGCAGCUCAGGCGCAGCACAACGCAGCUGCCGCCACUGUACCUGGACAGAUUCCAGCCCGGAUGCCUCGAGCCCUGAACCCCUCCAUGCCUCCUCAAAACGCUGCAGCAGCCGCUGCUGCAGCAGCUGCUGCAGUCGCAGCAGCUGCUGCGGGAGGACAGACAAUAUCACAGCAGGCGCAGCAACAUCAAAUGAUGUCAUCGCCCUCACCUGGGCAGGUGCAAACCCCGCUGUCGAUGCCUCCCCCUCCUCAGCCGUCACCUCAACCCCCCAAUUCACAGCCCAACUCAGCCAGCUCUGGUCCCACUCCGUCUCCGGGAGGUUUCCAGCCCAGCCCGUCCCCCCAGCCCUCACAGAGCCCCGCCAACGCCCGGACCCCCCUGAACUAUGGGGUCCCCUCCCCCGGACCGCUCAACACUCCAGGUAACCCGGGCUCAGUGAUGAGUCCAGCUGGAUCCACGUCUCUGGAGGACCAGCAGUACAUGGAGAAACUCAAACAGCUCUCUAAAUACAUCGAGCCUCUGCGCAGGAUGAUCAAUAAGAUCGAUAAGAACGAAGACCGGAAGAAAGACCUGAGCAAGAUGAAGAGUCUGUUGAACAUCCUGACGGACCCAAACACCAGGUGUCCCCUGAAGACGCUUCAGAAGUGUGAAAUAGCUCUGGAAAAGCUGAAGAACGACAUGGCCGUGCCGACCCCCCCGCCCCCCCAGGUGCCCAACAAGCAGCAGUACUUGUGUCAGCCGUUGCUGGACGCCGUCAUGGCCAACAUCCGCUCCCCGGUCUUCAACCAUUCCCUGUACCGGACCUUCGCCCCCGCCAUGACCGCCAUCCACGGCCCCCCUAUUACGGGGCCCAACGUCUCCGUGAGGAAGAGGAAGCACGAGGAAGACGAGCGGCAGACCAUCCCCAACAUCCUGCAGGGAGAGGUGGCCCGCCUGGACGGCAAGUUCCUGGUCAACCUGGACCCCUCGUUCUGCAGCAACAACGGCACCGUGCACCUGGUCUGCAAACUGGAUGACAAGAACCUUCCCAGUGUUCCCCCCCUACAGCUCAGUGUUCCGGCCGAUUAUCCUGAUCGGAGUCCAUACUUGGCCGACGACAAGGACCAGUACGGUGCAAACGGGUUCCUGCAGUCGGUCCACAGGAACAUGACGUCCAAACUGCUGCAGCUUCCUGACAAGCACUCGGUGACGGAGCUGCUCAACACCUGGGCCCAGAGCGUCCGCCAGGCCUGUCUGUCGGCCGCCUGAAGCCCCGCCCACCGUCUCUCUGCGUCCGAUCUGACGGGUUUCCUUGAACUUGGUCAUAAAUUACAAGCGGCUGUUGUUCCCCACGCUCAUCUCAGUCCCUGAAUGCCUCAUCAGGUGAGGACGUUACUCCAGAUGCAUUGUGGGUGAGCAGCUUGUAUAUAAAAUAAACUCUUGGUUGGUUUGAAACAAAGGGAAACCCGACCGCCGUCUGUCCAGAUAUAUAUAUUCUGCUCCUGAACGCCACACAUGGAAUGAGUUUGUUUGAGAUGUGAGUUCAGCUUUGUACCACAGAAGAAGAGCGCCGUUGUAAAGAAAAACUUGUGAAAAUAUAAAUGUAUUUUUUUUGCUAUCAUAAUAAAAAAAACUUCAGUUCAACUUUUUAAAAUUCGGAACUCCGUUUCCCUCAAUGACGCUUUAUGGGUCGUUACUAACAACAGUUUGUAUAAAACAAAAAUAUUUUAUUAUCUUCAGAAUAAAUGAUACAAAA